AUGAGGAGUUCCAUCAUCGCCGCCGUGCUGCUCGUCCUCGCCUCGUUCCGGCUCGACGGCGCGGACGCCGGCAACGGGACCAAGCCCUUCUUCACCGCCAUAUUCAGCUUCGGCAACUCCUACGCUGACACCGGCAACUUCGUCAGGCUGGCCGCGCCCAUCAUCCCCGUCAUUCCUUUCAACAACCUCCCCUACGGCGAGACCUUCUUCCACAAGCCUACCGCCCGGGCGAGCAACGGCCGCAUCAUCCUCGACUUCAUCGCCGAAGCUUUUGGUCUGCCGUUCGUGCCGCCGUCCCUGGACAAGACGCAGAACUUCAGCAAGGGCGCGAACUUCGCCGUGGUGGGGGCGACUGCCCUGGACCUGUCCUACUUCAUGGAGCGCAACAUCACCUCCGUCCCCCCGUUCAACACCUCCUUCGGCGUCCAGGUCGGGUGGUUCGAGCAGCUCAAGCCGUCGCUCUGCAACACCGCCGCCGCCAAGGAAUGCAAAGACUAUCUGAACAAGUCUCUCUUCGUCAUGGGCGAGUUCGGAGGGAACGACUACGUCUUCCUCCUGGCCGCCAACAAGACCCUGGUGCAGAUCAGGACCUACGUUCCUGCCGUCGUCAAGGCCAUUGCCGACGGGGUCGAGAGGCUGAUCAAGCUGGGCGCGAAGCGCAUCGUGGUGCCGGGGAACCUGCGGACGGGCUGCAUCCCGAUCAUCCUGACGCUGUACGCGAGCCCCAACAAGAGAGACUACGACAGGUACGGGUGCCUCCGCAAGUUCAACGACCUGGCGCGCUACCACAACACCCUCCUCCGGCGCGAGGUCCGGGCUCUCCGGGCCAAGCACCCGGGCACCAAGAUCGCCUACGCCGACUACGCCCGGCCCGUCGUCGGAUUCCUCAAGAACCCGGCAAACUUCGGUUUCGACGGCAGCACGGCGCUUGUGGCGUGCUGCGGCGCCGGCGGCCGGUACAACUACAACGCCACGGCGGCGUGCGGGCUCCCCGGCGCGACGGCGUGCGCGGACCCGUCGAGGGCGGUGAACUGGGAUGGCACCCACCUCACGGAGGCGGCGUACAGGAGCAUAGCCGGCGGAUGGCUGCGGGGCCUGCUCGUGGGUCUCGCGCGUUGUCGCACGUGA